AUGAAAAAAAUAUACAGGGGAACUAAAACAGAUGAAAUAUUUCAGGCUCAAAAAAACAAAUAUCGCCAUUUAAUUAACAAAAAUCAUAUUUACAAUAAUAUAUACCUUAAUCUGGAAGUUUAUCAAAAAUGGAGAAAUUUGAUUAUUGAUAAAGAGGAAAAUGAUCAUUGGAAUGACCAUUCCUUAAACACUAUCUUAAAUGCGGAUUCAAAAUCUAUGGAUAAAGAAAUUAAACAUUUACUUAGACGAGGUGUUUCUGAUUCUCUUAAACAUUUAAUAUGGAUACGUUCAAAUGAUGUUAAUUAUUUUGUAAUUAAUUUUCCCCAAUUUUAUGAGACAACUAUAUAUAACACAUUUGGCGAUAAAAUACCAUCAAAUUUAUCAAAUGAUUGCCCCACAUUUUGUGGAGGUAUAUUAGGAUUACAAGAAGAUAUUAUGUGUGUGCAAACUAAAAUUGAAGAAUUAGAAAUUGAUCAUAAUGAUGAUUAUAAUAGUUUUAAUAUUAAUGAUUCGACUAGUAAUAUACUAAAACUUUUAUUUAACAAUCCAAAUGAUAUGGAAAAAAAAAAAGAUAAAUAUUUAUUGCCUGAACAUAAUUUUUGGAAAGAACCUAAAGCAUUAAGUACUCCGAAUUUUGGAAUAAAUAAUAAUAAGCCCAAAAAAAAAAAAUUUCAAUAUAUAGAAAAUGUAAAAAAUAAAAUUUUAAAAAAUAAAAAAAUUGAUAAUUAUUUAAGAGUAGCAUCAGAUUCAGUUUUACCAUAUUCACGUAAUUUUAUUUUAAAAAAUUUAUCAAAUAAAUUUUCUAAAUUUAAGUUGGAUAAAAACAAUAAUGAAGAUAUUUCUAAUAACAUAAAUUUAAAUGUGUAUGAAUGUUGCAAUAUAAAAUGUAAUUAUGAUAUAUCAUAUCGUGAUCAAAGACAAUGUAGUAAUGGUAUAUGUAAUUUGAUGGCUUCUGAAUUGGGUAAGAAUGAUUAUAAUGACAAUAUAGAUGUAUCAAAUAAAUCUAUUAGUAGUGAUAAAAAAAUUGGGCAUGAAAAAAAUAAUUUGUUAAAAAAUUGUAGUAAAACAGAAAGAAAUAUUCUUAUCAAAGAUGAUAUUAUUAUUUUUCAUAAUAAUGAAACGGAUCAAAAUAGUAAUAAAUUAGAUGCAGUAAGUAAUAACAGUAGAACAAAUAGUCCUAGAAUUAGUCAAAAUAAUAGUGAUCAUAAUAUUCAUAGUGUGUAUUGCACAAAACAUAAAUUACAUGGUCAUCACCAAAGUUCAUAUCAACUUUCCACUCGUGAAAAUUAUGAAUCGAAUAAAUAUUUACACAUACAAACUUACAUGACAGAGCAAUAUAUAAUUAGCAAAAAACAGGCAGAAAAAAUGAACACAGCAAAAUUAUACUUAAGAACUAAAAGGAAAAAAAAAAAAGAUAAUGAAAAUAAUUUAUCUAAAAAUAAUAAAAACACAAAUAAAGGUAUGAAUAGGCAUAAUUCUGAUUAUUCAGUAUCUAGUAUUUCUAGUGAACAUUUUUUAAAUAAAAAAUCUAUAGAAAACAUUUAUGGAAAAAAAAAGUAUUCUAGUUAUAAUCGUACUAAACAAUUUUUAGAAAAAACUUUUAAUGUAACUCAAAAUAAUAAAAAAAAUGAGAGAAAAUUAUCGGAUCAUAUAUCAUCUUUAUUAAAAAAAAGUUUAAAUACAGAUUAUUUAACCCAAAAAACAACAACAAUAUCUCAUCAAAAGCAUCCUAAUAUAUACUUUGCAGGGGAAAAGGAUCCAAGCAAUAGUGAACAAAAUUCGCAAACAGCUUCACAAAAAAAUGCAAACAUAGCUUUUAAGCGAAGUAACGCUUUUAAAAUUAAUAAUAUUAGAAAGAGUUCGGAGAAAGAUAAAUUAAAAGAUGAUUACAUAAAUAUAAAUGAUUCAACUACUUCAGAUUUUAGAAACAAUAAAAAUGUUUGGAAAAACAAAAACUCUAAUAGCAACUCCAUAGUAGAGCUAAGUGCUUUCAAUUCAAAUGAAGAAUAUAAAAACAGUGAAAAUAUUUGUAAAAGUUUAGAAAGCCGCGAAAAAUGUGAUCUAAAAAAAGGCGAUAAAAACGAAAAAAUAUCUACUAAUAGAAAAUCCAUUUUUAGUAAAUUAAAGUACAUGUUUUAUAAAAAAAAAAAUACUUUCGAAAAUUAUGAAGAAGGUAUGGUUUCUCAAUAUGUUAAUAUUCCAUUUGAAAAAAGUUCAAAAAUUGAAAGUACUACAAUUAUUACUGCUUCUACUAUAAAUGAUAAUAAUAAAAAUUGUGAUUCAAUAGAUAAAACUGAUUCUUUUUUUGGAGAAUUUAAACAAUAUGAGGAAAUAGAUAUCGAUAAAAAUUUAGUUCCUACUAAAAUUCCUGAGAAAAAAAAUAAAAAUUCCAAAUUGUUUAUAGAACCUCAAAAUAUAGAUGCAUACAAAAAUGGGAAAGAAGAAAUUAAACAAAAUUGUACGAAUGAAAAUAAAACAUUAAAUAAAUAUAAUAUAAUUAUAAGUAGGCAUGAACAAGAUAAUGAUAAAUAUUAUGAUAAUAGGUGUAAUACACAAUCUGAAAAUAAUCCAUUUGAAAAUGAUAAAUAUCCAAAGAUUUAUAAUAAAAAGGAAGACAAUAAACCAAAUGACAUUUCAUAUAGUUCACCCCCAAUUGAAAUGCAUGAAUAUUUCUCUGAUGAUACACAAUAUCAUGGUAUUCAAAUUAAAAAAGAGAAGAAAAAAAAAGAAGAAAAAGAUGAAUGGGAUCAAAAUAAUAAUGACAUAAUGCCAAGAAUAGAUAAUGAUAGUAACUCAGAUAAUACUAUAAACAAAAAUAAUUUUGAAAAUUUUAAAUUACCAAAAACCCAUCCUUUAAAUGAAGAAAAUGAAAAAGACGAGAGUAUCAGCACAGAAAGUGAAAACGACGGCGAAGAAGAAGAAGAAAAUAAUAAAGAUCAAUUUCCACAAAAAAAAAUAAUAAAAAUAAAAAAAAAAAUAUAUUUUAAAGGCAUUUCAGAGAGUGAGGAAAAUGAAAAAAUAAAAAAUGUAACAAAAUUUGAUAAACGAAUUGAUAAUAAUAAAAGAGAAAAUUCUUUGAAAAACCGAGACCCCUAUAAUUACUAUGAUGAAUAUAAUGCAUCUGAUGAUAAAGAAGAAAAAAGUGAAGAAAAAGAUGAAUGGGAAAAAAAAAUGUCAAAAAAAAGUGGAAAAAAAAAUUCGAAAAAAAAUGCAAAAAAAAAUUGUGAUGAAAUCAUAUCAAUUGAUCAUGAAAAUCAGCGCAAAAAAUGUAAUGAUGAAAAUGAUGAGGGUAUUGAUAAAAAUUCCAAAGAUAAAAAUCUUGAAAACGAAUUAUACAAUAAAUUUUAUGAAAAGAAUGGAAAUAAUAAUUGGGAUUAUCCAAAUGUAUAUAAUUUAGAUGAUGCAACUGAAUUUAGUCAAUUAUUAAAUGACAAUGGAAAACAUGAAAUAAAAAAAUUAUUAUGGGCAAUAAAUAACAAUUUUGGUAAUGAUAUUGAAUUUGCCCCAAUUAUUCCAAACUUAUGUAUAGUAUUACUUAUAUAUUUUAAAGCUUCGGUAGUAUAUUGUAUAAUUCAUUGUUUAAUAAAAAAAGGAAUUGAUAGUAUACGAAAUAAAGAGUUACCAUUCUUUAUAUAUAAAAGAAAAGAUUUUGUAAAAUAUGUAAAAUAUGUAUUAAAUAGUUUUAUCAAAUUUUUACCUAAAUGUUAUUAUUAUUUAAGAAAAUUAAAUUUUGAUUUAGCUGCUUGGACAGCUAGAUGUAUACAAGAUGGAUUUGCAAGAAUGCUACCCUUUGAUUUUGUAUUAAGAAUAUAUGGAACAUUUUUAUUUGAAGGUCAAAAAACGUUAUGUUUAUAUUGUUUAGCUUUAUUAAAAUUUUUAGAAGAAGAUAUUUUAAAAUGUAGUAAUAUUGAAGAAAUAGAAAAUAUACUAUAUCAUAUUUGUAUGCACCCAUAUUUAGAUAUUAAUAAAUUAACACAAUCUGCUUAUCGUUUUAAAUUAAAAACUAAAGAAAAUCAUUUACAACUUUCAACAAAAUGCCCAUCCCCUUAUCUCAUGAAUGUAAAAAUUAAAAAUUUUUAUAGACCAAGAUUAAAUGAUAGUUCUCGAAUUAUUAAUUCAUUUCAUUGGGAAAAGUUAUGGGAAAAAAUACCAAGUAACAAUCGAUCUUUAGAUCCAUAUUUGACAUUUUGUUCUAAAAAGGAUGGUUAUAAUUUACAAAAACUAUUAGAUAAAACAGAAAAAAAUAAAAAAAAACCAAUGAUACUUAUUUUAAAAACAUUUGAUUAUGAUUUAAUAGGAUUUUAUUGCCCUUUUUCAUUAAACAGAGAUUAUAAUUUUGUUAGUUUAACAGAUAAAAGUUCAUCUUUUCUUUGUACUUUCAAUUCGACUUUUAAAUUUUAUAGAUGGUCAGGAAAAAACAAUACCCUUAUACUUAUGAGGGAUGGAAUAUAUAUAGGGGGAAAUGACAUUGCCUUAUUUAUUGAUAGAGAUAUAAAAGUUGGGAAAACAAAUUAUUCCGAGUCUUUUUCCUCACCCCCGUUAAUAUCUAAUGGAUAUGAUUUCAAUAUUAUGGACAUAGAAAUAUGGAAUUUAAAAUGA